AUGUUGAAAUAUUGUUUAAAUAAAUGUACAGAUAAAUCCGAGAGUUUCCUAUCUGAUUUAUCCAUGGGUGGGCGUGGUCGUGGUAGGGGGAGCGGUCCCGGGACAACUGUUCGGGCAGUAGCUCAAGCGCUGGGCAUCGCUAGAAAUGACAUGGCUUCUUUUACAAACCAGAGAACUGUUGAAGAUCCACCAGAUUACCCUACUGUGCAGCGUGCGCUGAUCCCCUUAGAAUUAUCCAAUGAGUUGCAGUACAUUUCAGAAUUGAAGCUAGAGCUGAUCAAUAGGUUUCAAGAAUCUCCGUUUUAUUUGGAUAACGUGCAAGUGAAAGAUAUAAGACGGUAUACUGACAAGUAUAACGAAGUGCAUCGUGAACGACUAGAGCCAGAUUUUACCCGCUUACCUGAGGAACUUUGCUGGAGACGUGAAAAAGCUACACUAUCGAGUGCCAAGAGGCGGAGGAUCGAAGACACAAUAGAAAUUAUACAACAAAAGCUAGUGAAUUUGGAGAGAGCUGAACAACAAGAUGAGAAUGAAGAGGAAGUAGAGGACGAAGAAGGUUCCGAAAAUUCUGAAGAAGCCCCAGGUAGCAAUGUACCAUCAGAUGAAGAUUUUGGUGAAGAGGAUAAUGACUACUGCGCUACUUACUUUGAUAACGGUGAAGGAUAUGGAGAUGUUGGGUCAGAUGAUAAUAUGGAUGGGGAAGAGUAUUGA